GGAGAGGUCUCUCUUGAUCAGAAAACAAGUUAGAAGUGAAGUUAGAAGUUAGAAGUUAGAAGCACAACCAACCUUCAAACUAGUUCGAUGAUUUCGAGAGCUUGUUGUGGUUCAAUUCCAAUCGUAAAACCAGCUCGCGGAGUACGAUGCGAGGCGGUGGUGGGGCCGUUCACGGGGAGAGACCCGAAUGUGAAGAAGGCGGGAUGGCUGAGACAGAAGGCGGCACAGGGCAUCAAGUAUGAGGAGGUGAAGGAGACGUUGUCCCGUUUGAAUCUCAAGACUGUGUGCGAGGAGGCCCAGUGCCCCAACAUCGGCGAGUGCUGGAAUGGAGGUGCUGACGGCAUUUCCACUGCCACCAUCAUGGUCCUCGGAGACACCUGCACUCGUGGCUGCCGUUUCUGUGCCGUCAAGACCAGCCGAACCCCUCCCCCUCCCGAUCCCAUGGAGCCCAUCAACACCGCCAUGGCCGUUGCCAGCUGGGGUGUCGAUUAUAUUGUUUUAACCAGCGUCGAUCGCGAUGACCUGCCCGAUGGUGGCAGUGGACAUUUUGCCCAGACCGUCAAGGCCCUCAAGGCCGUCCACACUUUGCUACACUCCGGCCUUGAUGUCUUUGCACACAACGUUGAGACUGUCAAACGCCUCCAGCGAAUUGUGAGGGAUCCUCGCGCUGGGUAUGAGCAGAGCUUAUCUGUUCUCAACCAUGCAAAACAAAGCAAGAAGGGAAUGAUUACAAAAACUUCUAUAAUGUUGGGCCUUGGAGAAUCAGACGAUGAGUUGAAAGAAGCCAUGGCUGAUUUAAGGGCUAUAGAUGUGGAUAUACUGACACUUGGACAGUAUUUACAGCCAACUCCACUGCAUUUGACCGUCAAAGAAUAUGUCACUCCUGAGAAGUUCAAUUUUUGGAAGGAAUAUGGGGAGUCUAUUGGAUUUCGUUAUGUAGCCAGUGGGCCCUUGGUUCGAUCCUCGUAUAGGGCUGGGGAGCUAUUUGUUAAGACAAUGGUCAGGGAAAGUGCUGGAGCUAUUCGGCAAUCUAUUGCAGUUUAUGUUAUCCAGUUAUCCAUUCUUGUUGAUGCAAGUCCACAUCUGUGCUUAAAUCUCUUCCCAACAAACUACAUAGAGGAAGCAGAGAAGACCGGCUGUGUAUGUAUUUACAGAGAGAGAGAGAGAGAGAGAGAGAGAGAGAGCGAUAAGAUAAGAAAGAGAGCAAUGAUGAGUAUAGGAGGAACAGUGGGGUUAUUGAGCUCAGCCACAGCCACAGCCACAGCUAUAGGCAGAGCAGAUGCGGCGGGACAAAUGAAUUCACGAUUGGUUUGUUGCCCGGUUGGGAGUCGGAGUCUCGCACUCGCUCACUACCCAACAACAGCAGCAGGAACCACUCGGAAAUCUACAAGGAUUUUCUGCGAAGUCGCUGUGGGAUCGGACUCGGCAUCUCCAUCGACAUCAGAAGCGGCCAUCGGAGCUAGGGUCAAGGUCACGGUGCCUCUUAAGGUGUACCACGUGCCCAGAGUUCCCGAGGUUGACAUCACUGGCAUGGAAGGUGAACUCAAGCAGUACGUUGGCCUCUGGAAGGGCAAACGUAUUUCUGCCAAUCUCCCUUACAAAGUACAGUUCUUUGUCGACGUCCCAGGCCGUGGCCCUGUUAAAUUCUUCGCGCAUCUCAAGGAGGACGAGUUCGAAUACCUUUGAUCCAUCCAUGGAUCUCUAUCAGGCUAUUACCUCUUCCUCAUUAAUAAUAGCCCGGUUCGUUUCUCAACUGCACUAGCAUUGUAUUUAAUUUGUAUCUAUCUAUAUUGCGAAUGACCCUCUUCAGCAAUAUCUAUCUAUUUCAUCUGGUUAGUUUGGAUCAAUAAUUUAGCAUUCAUGACUGGAUCAAGAUUCAUAUAGCUAGAGACUUGUUUAGCAUAUGUAACAAAAUUUAGAUUCCUUUGAAAUUAUCUGGCUACUGU